AGCUCUUCGCGCAGGUUCAACAGCUCUCACUCUCACACAGCGACUCGGUAGAGGCAAAGGGGAAACGUUUGUGGACACUUGACAGCUUCCAGAGGCUGCUAUGACAUCUCGCAGGUGGUUCCACCCCAACAUCACCGGAAUCGAGGCAGAGCAGCUCCUGUUGACCCGGGGCGUCCACGGCAGUUUCCUGGCCAGGCCCAGCAAGAGCAACCCGGGGGAUUUUACCCUCUCUGUCAGGCGCAACGAUGAGGUGACCCACAUUAAGAUCCAGAACCAGGGUGACUACUACGACCUGUACGGAGGCGAGAAGUUUGCCACGCUGGCCGAGCUGGUGCAGUAUUACACAGAGCAACAGGACCUCUUGCGCGAGAGGAACGGCCAUGUCAUCGAGCUCAAGUACCCACUCAACUGCAAGGACCCCACCUCUGAGAGGUGGUACCAUGGGCACCUCUCUGGGCGAGAUGCAGAGAAGCUGCUCACAGACAAAGGCAAAGCCGGAAGCUUCCUGGUACGGGAGAGCCAGAGUAAACCAGGUGACUUCGUACUCUCGGUUCUCACCAAUGAGGAGAAACACGAGAACCUGGACCGCAAGACCAAGGUCACCCACGUUAUGAUACGCUACCAGCAGGACGGUAAAUAUGAUGUGGGCGGCGGGGAGAGGUUCGACACUCUGGCUGACCUGGUGGAUCACUACAAGAAGAACCCCAUGGUGGAGAAAAGUGGCAUCGUAGUGCAUCUAAAACAGCCCUUUAACGCCACGAGGAUAAAUGCAGCCAACAUUGAGAACCGGGUACGAGAGCUCAACAAAGUGGCAGACAACUCUGAGAAACCCAAACAAGGAUUCUGGGAAGAAUUUGAGGUACUUCAGCAGCAGGAGUGCAAACUGCUGUAUCCCCGGAAAGAAGGCCAGAAGCCAGAAAACAAGAGUAAAAACAGAUACAAGAAUAUCCUCCCCUUCGACACAACUCGGGUGGAGCUCAGGGAAGCAGAUCCAGAUUCUGCUGGUUCAGACUACAUCAAUGCCAACUACAUCAGAAGUGUGCAUGAAGACGGGCACCACGUAGAUGAGGGCAAAGUCUUCAUCGCCACCCAAGGGUGCCUACAGAACACGGUCGUGGACUUCUGGAAGAUGUUGUAUCAGGAGAACACACACGUCAUCGUCAUGACCACGAAGGAGAUGGAGCGAGGGCGGAACAAAUGUGUCCGUUACUGGCCCGACCUGCUCUGCACUAAGGAGUUUGGGAAGGUGCUGGUGAGGAACGUGGAUGAGCGGCCGGCGCAGGACUACAUCCUGAGGAAGCUGGAGGUGACCCGUCUCGACCGGAAGGAGCCUCUGAGGUACAUGUGGCACUACCAGUACCUAAGCUGGCCAGACCACGGUGUGCCCAACGAGCCAGGCGGGGUCCUCUGGUUCCUGGAGGAGGUCAACCGCACCCAGAGCAGCAUUCCAGACACUGGACCCAUCGUCGUCCACUGCAGUGCAGGCAUCGGCAGGACAGGCACCAUUAUCGUCAUUGACAUCCUUAUUGACAUUAUUAACCGCCAAGGUCUAGAUUGUGACAUCGACGUCCCUAAGACCAUCCAGAGGGUACGGCAGCAGCGGUCGGGCAUGGUGCAGACAGAAGCCCAGUAUAAGUUCAUCUACAUGGCUGUGCAGCAGUACAUAGACACGGCCCAGAAAAGACUGGAGGAGGAGCAGAGGAAUAAGCUGAAGGAGAGGGAAUAUUCCAAUAUCAAAUAUCCCCAGAUGACCAACUCGAGGUCCAAAUCCAACAUGACGUCCUCGCGCUCUUCUUCUGUGAUGACAAAUGAUGAUGCAUCGAGUGUGUACGAGAACAUAAACUUUAAAAGCCCUCAGACGUCUUUUAGCAGCAACACCAGGAGGUAAAACCAUCGCUGUCGACCUCCACAUGGCUCUGUCUAAUCCCUUUUCAGCGGAGGUGUCGCUUCAUCAGCGCCUGAAGUCCCUCUGGGGGAGGAGAGAGUGAGUCGCUCUGCCUACACCCAGCAUCGGUGCACCCUGCCUGGGCUGCACGCUGCAAGCAGACCCCCUUUCUCCUGCUGGACCGAGUCUAACCUUACCCUCCGUAGAGAGGAUGACUCCACAGCAUAAUGAUCACGCUCAGGGCCCUCCCCCCUUUCUCCCCCCACUUCCUCUCUCUUUCUCAACAAGUGCCUUGACUCGGGAUGUGUCUGUACUCCCUCUAAAUCGUGCUGUUACACCUCAACUUUUACCACUUUUCCAAAUUCUGGAAAUCAAAGUUGAUGUGAGAAGUUUUUCCUUUGUGUGACGGAAAGUUAGGCCUGAAUUGAACAGAACUGUAUGGGACCCGAGGAGGGGUCAAUGCUAAGCUGUUCGUCCGCUCGAUGCCAGAAUUCACUUUCGCUAUCCCUUUUUCUCCGUCUUUCAUUUGAGCUUAAGACUGUUUUUCGGCAUUGUGUCCCUCCAGCUGCGGCAGUCAUUAUUGUGGCCGCUGAGUGAUGGCAGGGACAGUUAUGUAACCUGCUGAAGAACCCUUAGGCACAGGUCAAGGGCAAACCAGCCCUUUCCUCCAAAAAGUUUAACAGGAUAAAUUCAGGUUUUAAAAAAAGGUAUUUCUUAAAGAGUUGUAUGGCAUGAAAUCUUCUGCAUAUGCAAACCAGCUGUUCUGUGCUCUGUGAGAAUUCCAGGUCAUCAUUUGGACAAAUUGAUCCGCCCUCUCUGUCAUGGCCCACAGCUGCUCCCACUUUAGUAUAAACUCAAUCAUGAAAAAGUCUGUCCUACUAAUCACACUAUGUUCAUUAUUUCAUUAAUUCUGGACAUUUGUGUAACCUAUGAGAUUUAUACAUGUAUAAAGAGUCAUUAUGGUGGAAGAGAUCAGGGUUCAGCACUGUCUGAGCAGUGUCCACAGCGCUGUAGUUAGAUUUAUCGAUCGAUUGUAAUAGCGGUCCACAUUUGACAGGAAACGAGUGGAAAGGAUUCCUGAAUGGCUGUUUGGCGUCGCGCUUGGCCGACCGCCGUCUCUCAGCUUCGUUUUGACUGGCUGUCCUCGUAAAUCAGCGGGUCUGAUGCAGUUCAACAUCUGUCGGAGGAGAUGGUCACAAGGAGACGAGGGAAAAGGGGCCGAUUACGGCGCGGGCCAGAUGGCCAUCUGCCUGAGAUUGAAGAAUAGAUUUGUCUCCGAAAAGUAAUUUGGAAGAUGGACGUAAUCCAGGCUUGAUGAUAGCGGGGCGAGUAAGCCCACGUCACUGAUGCGAUAACGAAGACUGUGGUGCCGUGAAGCACUGAGCCCUCUGCACCGUCUGCCAGAUUGUUUGCUAUUUAUAGCCUCCAGGAUCAGCACCAAAAGAUCCUGCUCAAAUACAAGUGCAGAAGCAUUGAAAUCUGACCCAAAGUAUUUAAAAAGGAACCACUUGAUCAUCCAACCAAGUCCUUAAAAAAAACGAAACUAGACAAAAUCAGCAAUUAAUGAGCGCUCAGACCAUCUUUCUCAACAGUGAUGUUUGCGAACCAGGUCAGGGACGCUCACUUUUCUUCACUCAUUCAUUGGCCAGUUUCUGCUGCUGUGGCCUCUAAAUAUAUUUGAAUAAAUAUCGUAAAUACAGUGCAUAACAAAAUGAACUGAAGUAGUAGUCAGACACUGCACUGUAAUAAACUGUAAUUUGAUACCGUUGACAUGUGCGGGAUAUUAAAAUAAAGGCACAGAGCCGCAGCAGCUACUCUGUGUGAGUUCUGUUUUAAAAUAAUAACUUUAUUAGAGUUUCAGCUGAAACUUCUGUCCCUCUAGUAUUUUCCCUCAGCGUUGAGAGUUUUCCCGCCAUAAACUGCUGCAAGUGUAUUCCAAUGGUUGAUUCCUUAUGUGAAUAAAAGCUAUGUUUUAUGAAAUGUGUGGCAUUGAUGCCCUGUGUCAGUGAAGGCCGAUGUCUGUCUGAAGGUAUGCUGCACCGCUCGAUGUACUUGGGUAAAAUCUGGACAAUGAAGAUGUUUGUAUUCUUCAGUUUGUUUUCCUUUUGUCCUUUUUCUUCUGAUCUGUGAUCUCUGUCUGAUGAAUGAAUUUCAUGGGUUUUGUUUCUGUGUUUCUGAACCAUCUUGCGCUGUGGAUAAUUUAGAUUUUUAUUGUAUUUCACUUUGCCUCUAUGGGUCAAACUUGUUUUUUAAUGAUAUGGUGAAACAUCAAUACUUGAAAGUGUGAAACUGCUGAAUCUUUGGCCUGUGUGUGUGGAUGUCUGUCGGCUGUGGGAGUAUUUUUGGUAGUGCGCUAGACUUUUAAGUGUUAGUUUUUUUCUUUUCGUUUCAUUUCAAAUGGUAUUUCUAAUUGGUCGUUUUAUCCACUCUUGCAUUUUGUAAUGUGUCUGAAUUGUUAUAUUUUUGGUGUAAUUUCACCUUUGAGUACAUUUUGAGUUGAACCGGCUUACGUGAAGGUAUGCAGUAGUCACACGGUAUUUGCUUUUCUGCUCGUCCUCUUACUUUUACUUGAACAUGAUGUCUUUUUGUUUUUGAUUCCUUGUUUCUGUUGGUCGCAGUAUGCCUGAAGUGAGUAGUGGUGUACUCCCAUGUUGUUCCCCCUUCUCCCCCUCUUCUUGCACUGGCUCUGCCCAGACGCCUUUCUGCUGUAUAGGCUGCAAAUGCUGAUGCAAUGAGCUGCCAGAAAUGGCAACAAAAUGGUUUAUUAUCAUAUAGUUUAAUAAAAAUCUAUGAUGGCACUAUG